UAUAUAUAUAUAUAUAAAUAUCUCCCCCUGUGGGUUUGUGAUGCAUGACAAAUAAUGACAUGCAGUCAGAUAUGUAAGGGCUGCCUUGGCAGUGCGAAGUGACUGUGCCGUGGUGCAAGCUUGGGAAAAAGUGAUAUAUUGGCAUACUUUUUUUUUCGUGUGUGUGUGUUGUUUUCGUCUGCGUAUAAAACAAAUGGCGGACAUGUCACGCCCGGGAGAAAACACUCCACUUUCACUUGACAAAGGAGAGGCACGAGCAGAGGAGAAAGAAAGAGAAACAAACAGUAAACAACCUGGCGGAGAUGGAGACCAGCUAACAGGGACGCGCUGCGACGCCCAGAUAGCAGCGGCGGCGAGGACACCCGGCGCGCAGGAUGAAGAGUGCUGCAGAGCCAGACUGAGUGAAGCGCCCGUCACGAGGAGCAACUACGGCUCAGUUGAUGUGGUGAAGGUGUGCCAGUCCUGCCAACACCUGUACGAUGGGGCCAGUGAAGUGGUGCUCUCCCCAUCCCGCCUGGAGACAGACCCGCCCCUGCACAGCCCGGCCAGCCACAAGACCGUCUCCAUGCACAGGCCCUGGACAGCACGCAGGUACGAGAAUUUGUGUGACUGCGGGGCCUCUGUUAGCGGCGGCGUGUGCGUGUGUCCGGAGAGGGCCACCGGCGGAAGGUUGCAAGGCCUCCUAUCCAGUGGCAACCCAUGCCUGAAGAAGGUGAAGAUAGCGGCGCUGGUUGUGGCAGCUCUCUUGCCCUGGGUGUUCCUGGUGUCCUACAUCGUCCUCACCAACAUAUAAGCCCCGUCAUAGGUCUGGUGUUCGCAUCUGGACUCGUGCUAUAGCGUGUAGCCUACUUCAGUUUUUUUUCUGUUUCUGACGGAUGUCAUGUGACGGCUCCUGUAUGCAUGAUUGCCUGACAGUUGCAUUAUUGUAGCCUCUUGCCUGUGUUAUGAAGGAUAUUAGGUACAGCCAUCAACAAAGCGCUGGCGCCUCACGGUCACCAGCUAAUUGAUGAACAUCAAGGUUCAUUGACGCACAAACCGAAGCACAUGCACGAGAGGAAUUAUGGGGUCACGAGGUAGCAUGAGUUACCUGCUUGAGAGGUGGUCAUAACCGUAGUCAGUGUGAUGAAUGUGUGUUCGGUGAUUAUAUUUUUAUAGUGGUAACUAGGAUUUUGAUUUAAUGAGAGAGAGAGAGAGAGAGAGAGAGAGAGAGAGAGUGUUGAUGUACAUAGUACUGUACAGCACGUGCUGCUACUGUUAUGGAAACCCACAGCCCUUAACCCCCGUUGACCCCGGGCCAAGCAACCCCUCCAACUUCCCCAUACUAAAUGCCCGAUAUCAGCUGGGAUCUGUGGCACUUCGGUUCACGAGUGUGAAUCGCUCGGUCCGUGUCUCGGUGGGGGAGGCGCAUCGCUCUAGUUGGUGGCCGUACAUGAAGAAGUGCUAAUUACCAGUUGCAAUCUAUAAAAAGAGGAAAUGCUAUCAGAACACUUACCUCGUGAAAUUAGUUUACUAUUGCAUAGUUUAUACUAUUAAAUGUUUUAUUAAAAGUCAGUUUCGCUUGUCGAAACAAACCCGAAAAUGUCAAGUUUUCUGUAAAGGCUGUGAUGUCGGCAGUGUGGGAUCCUUCCAGUCAACUGUUGUCGCUUUAUAUGUAAUUACAUUCCUUGACUGUAAGGUGUAAAAGCCAUUAUUGUCAUCUAUUUCUUGAUCCGGAGAUUCGUCCGAACCAAGAUGAAACAUCGUGUGAACCCUCGAGCUAGCUCAUUCAGUGCACUAUUUUCCAUAUCAUGAAUUAUUUUAUAUUGAAUAGCGCAUCAUCAAAUAAAAUUGACAUUUUAUCAAG